AUUGGUGUUAAAUAAUUAUAUAGAGUAUUUACUUUUUUCGGGAUUGUCGUACAAUAUCAAUUGUGUGCCAUGUGCUUGAUUUGACCUUGGCAAAAAGGGAAGGUCAAAAUUUGUGUUUAUGUAACUUGGCGCUGCAUCAGAGCAUUGGAUCAGUCGGUAUUAGUGUGAUCGGGUCGGUUGUCCUUUUCCCUUUUUUUCUGUAGUGGGAGAGCACGGCUACGAUCUUAUCAUGUCUUGUUUACCACGCAUGUUUACUAUUGUAGGUACCUACCUACAUUUAAAAUACGAGUAACCAUUAGUAAAGUUAUUAUUAUUAUAAUUCUCGCGUCCGUGUGUCCGAUACGUUUAUUGCUCGCACAGUUCUCUUCAGUUAUUUUGAUUAAGUGCAUUCAACAUUUGUGCAGUCAAAAAUCAGACAUGAGUAAGCUGUGCAGACAAGUAUCUAUCGAGUCUCCGGGUCCCACACUCAACGAAUGCGUAUUUAGUUUCGAUGUUCCUGUUCCCGACGUGCCAUUGUAUGGCGCCAGGAUCAGAGUAGCGUACGCUGGGGCCUGUUACCGCUCGAACAAGGCUCGCUCGGCCUCAAUAUGUAGCACGUCUUCGAUUUCAUCUAUCGGCAGCUUAUCGGCUGAGUUGGAAAGCGUCAGUUUCCAGGUAUCGACGCCAGCGCACAUCGGACUGCGGGAUGGCGCUUUGUUCCCAGGGUACGAGGUCGCCGGCGUGGUAGACGCAAUUGGUGCCGCCGCGGAACAUGUCGACAACAUCACCGUAGGUUCCAGAAUAGUGAUAUAUCCCUAUGAGGGGGUGCCUCACGGGUAUGCGGACUAUAUAGUCGUGCCGGAUAUUAAAUACCUGGUACCCGUUCCGGAGCAAUUGUUGUUGAGCGUGGCUGCCAUGUUGCCGACUGGGGCCCUAUUGGCUAUGAAUAUAGCGCAGACGGCCAACGAUUGCUUGGAGAGAAUUUUGGAGGGCCCAAAUCCUAAGCAGAAGGCGACGGUGUUGAUUGUCGGCACUGGUGGACUUGCACUAUGGGCGCUCCGCAUCGCUACCCAUUAUUUCAAGGGCACUACGUACGAGCAUCGCAUAAACGUUUCCGUAGCAACAUUGAAGGACGAGGGCUUCGUCCUGGCAAAGGAGUGGGACAACGUCAACGUGGUACAGUGGAGCGAGGAUUUGUACGAGAAACAGCUGAUUGAACGGACCAUGGACGCGUGCGGCGGGCCCGUGGACAUCGUGAUGAACUUCGGGACCACCUCGCGUUCGCUGCACCGCUCUAUGCAGUGCCUCGCACCGGGUGGCAUGGUGCUGGUCACUGAGAAUAUUGGUGAUAAGCUGCUGCCGAAGUUUGCCAGGAAAGCCGAAGAUCUUAAAGUGAGCAUCGUCGUGGUACCAAUCGGUUCCAUUGAGCAACUCAGGAACCUCCUCGAUUUGGUGGCGAAUGUGCAAAUUAAGCCGCCGCCAUACUCUGUGUACUCUGCUGACGAUGCCCAGGAAGUAAUCAGGAAGCUGUGCAACUCUGAAAUCAAGGGACGUGCCAUAUUAAAAUUCUACAAUGUCCUUUAAACGGAUGCUAAUUGAUUUUCGAUUUGACAAGAAAUAAAGGUAAUUUGGAAAGCCGUUGUAAUCUUGUGAUAACGUCUUGUCUAUAAGUAUUCAUACUAUCUGUCUAUUUAGUUAAGUGGAAAACCAAUCUUUUAUAUAUACGUUUUCGUUACUGCACUGCAAAAUAUAUCAAAAUAUAUCAUUAAAAAAAUAUUAGAUAUUUUAAGACAAAUAUAAUUAGUUGUAUAAGAUAGUUAAGCAUCUUUCAAGAGAUCUCUAAAUAAACAUGUUUUUUGUGUAACCAUUUUUUUGCUUUUUUUUUUAAUAUACUUAGUGUUUAAGAAUAAAGUGUCGACUACAGGAAAUGAACGUGAAUUGCGUUCAUAUUGAAAUUAAGACUUAAUUUUGACGACUUCAGUAUUUGAAUAACUAUGAUGUUAUUUGCAUGCUCUGUCACUAAAAAUUCUGUGACGAACCUUACUUCAAAAUAAUUGCCUAACGCUCACCUUAAAACAUAUGUUUAACAAGCAAGAUACACACCACGGUCACAGAUAAUUUUUAGUUCGACAAUUUUAUAAUUAUAAAUGUAAUAAGUGAUAUUUAGUUUUUUUAUAGUUAGUUUUUUUUUUUUUGUUUUUUCUUUUCUCUUAAUAUUUUUUAAAGACGUGAUUAAAACAUGUAAGAUAGAUUCGAAUACAUCAAUCAUUAUUCAACAUGUCAUAAUUACGUAUUUUUUAUUAAUAAGUGUUAUUAAACCGAUGUUUGCUACUAAGAUAUUGUUUAUUAUUAAAUUUUAUGUUUUUUUUCUUUUCUCUUAAUAUUUUUUGAAGACGUAAUUAAAACAUGUAAGAUAGAUUCGAAUACAUCAAUCAUUAUUCAACAUUUCAUAAUUGCGUAUUUUUUAUUAAUAAGUGAUAUUAAACCGAUGUUUGCUACUAAGAUAUUGUUUAUUAUUAGUUUUUGUUUUUUUUUUUUCUUUUCUCUUAAUAUUUUUUAAUACUUGAUUAAAACAUGUAAGAUAGAUUCGAAUACAUCAAUCAUUAUUCAACAUGUCAUAAUUACGUAUUUUUUAUUAAUAAGUCUUAUUAAACCGAUGUUUGCUACUAAGAUAUUGUUUAUUAUUAUUUUUUUUUUUUUUUUUUUUUUCUUUUCUCUUAAUAUUUUUUGAAGACGUAAUUAAAACAUGUAAGAUAGAUUCGAAUACAUCAAUCAUUAUUCAACAUUUCAUAAUUGCGUAUUUUUUAUUAAUAAGUGAUAUUAAACCGAUGUUUGCUACUAAGAUAUUGUUUAUUAUUAGUUUUUAUGUUUUUUUUUUCUUUUCUCUUAAUAUUUUUUAAUACUUGAUUAAAACAUGUAAGAUAGAUUCGAAUACAUCAAUCAUUAUUCAACAUGUCAUAAUCACGUAUUUUUUAUUAAUAAGUGUUAUUAAACCGAUGUUUGCUACUAAGAUAUUGUUUAUUAUUAGUUUUUAUGUUUUUUUUCUUUUCUUUUAAUAUUUUUAAGACGUGAUUAAAACAUGUAAGAUAGAUUCGAAUACAUCAAUCAUUAUUCAACAUGUCAUAAUCACGUAUUUUUUAUUAAUAAGUGAUAUUAAACCGAUGUUUGCUACUAAGAUAUUGUUUAUUAUUAGUUUUUAUUUUUGUUUUUUCUUUUAAUAUUUUUAAGACGUGAUUAAAACAUGUAAGAUAGAUUGCUUGUUUGCUGCUAAGAUAUUGUUUAUUAUUAGUUUUAUGUUCUUUUUUCUUAAUAUUUUUUAAUACUUGAUUAAAACAUGUAAGAUAGAUUCGAAUACAUCAAUCAUUAUUCAACAUGUCAUAAUUACGUAUUUUUUUAUUAAUAAGUGUUAUUUAACUGAUGUUUGCUGCUAAGUUACUCUCUUAAAUGUGAUUUUUUUUUUAUAUAAUCUUUAUGUUAAGUAUACUUUAGUUAUAUGUUAUUGCAUGCGGGCAAUGCCAAAAUAAAAUGUUGUAUUUUAUAUUAUAAGGUAUAAUGCGCAGAUACAAAAGAGUCCUAGAUUCAAAUCGUAAAAAUGUAAUAAAAUUUUUAAAAGCGUUUGAUUUAAAAACAUUAGAUUUAUUUUUUCGCGCUUUAUUUUCAAUGUCAUUUUUAGUCUCCGAUUGGGCAUCUUGGACUUUUUUGUAUAUGAAAAUUGUGUGAGUGGUGAUGGACAAGCUAAAAUUUUUCUAUGCUCUAUUUGGCUGUUUGAUUAAUAAAAGUGUAAGAGUUUAUGCAAUGUGAUAAGGGUAAAUUAUUUAGUAAUAUUUACGUCUGUAGUAUUUCGAUGUUAAAUAAUUAACUUAUGUAAGUUAAUAAGGUAAUCGGAAAAUUGUACUUUCUUAUAUGAUGUGUAAUGCUAGAGGAUGAAUAUUAUAUAUAUAUAAAACUAAAAGUAAUACAGGAGACUACGAAUAGGGGUAAACUUAUCAACACACCACAUUCAAUGGAUAAAAUAUUCCAUUAAAACUCAAUCAGUAAUCUGUCGUGUGCAAUACGUGCGAAGUAAAUAACUUGUAAUAAUAUAGUAUGUUUUUUUUUUUUUGCAAAAAUAUCCGACUUCUAAAAUGAAGAAGAGUGCAAUUUGAUUUUCAGGUGAUAUUCUUUUUAACUCUGAACGGUUUACUUCUUUGUACGACAAGGUCAGUAAUAGAAGGCGAACCUUAUAACUUUUUGUGAAAAAUUAAAAACUUUAAAUCAAUCUACGAUAUUGAAUUGAACAUAUCUCCUUCAAUUUUUGAAGUCGGUGAAAAUUAAUGAAAGGAGCCGCGAAUGGAGACAAAAUCUUUCAUCUGUAAGAAUCUAUGAAUGCCAUCAAUAUCCAAUGUUAUUAUAGGGUUUCGAUUCAUCUUUUACCUCUAACAUUUAGUGACAUGAAUGUAGUAUUUUCUCGUUUUAACGGUUUAGGCAAUUGUCAUUAAAUCUAUUAUGCUCAUACUAUAUUGGGGUCUGUAUGAGUGUAAUAAAUUUGGUAAAAAUUAUCUAAAUCGCCUACUGUAUUAAAAUUAAUAUUGGAUAGCUUGUGACAAUAUCAAAUAUUUUGUUUUGCAAAAAUUCAGUUUUGAUACUGAAUUUUUACUAGCUACAUUUUAUCAAAAAUUAUUACAAAUUGGUUUGAUACAUUUUGAUAAAAUAUAGCGGGGGCUCAAUCUGAAUGUAUAUAUACUUUCAGAUUAAAAAAAAAAACAUCUGAAACGGUUUAGGCGUCUACGAGUAAUCGGGGAACAUACAUAACAAAAAUUAAAACUCUUGACGAAUCGGAACCUCCUCCUACUUUAAUUUGAAGUUGGAUAAAAAUGGCAAUUUUAGAGAGGUUUAGAGAAUGGUCCCUCAAAAUCGACCGUAUUAAUUUUGAUUUUAGAGGUUGUAGUUACUGCAGAAUUAAUCCCAAUGUAAGCCAUAUUGAGGCUAGUCGUGAAUCUUUAUCUAUAAGACCUGAAGAUAUGUCGCUCGACACAACAGUUUUGUAUAGAGUCUAAGGUAACAUAUAUUUGUAUAGUUUUUAAGGAAUCUCAUAUUUUUGUUAGCAUAUGGUUGUUAUUAUAGAAUAUAGUCACAUUAUUUUAA